AUGUACAGUCCGUUUGUCAGUGCAUAUAUUGGUUUAUUCUCGCCGGCGCUGGUGGAGCUUUUUGGGAUGGAGGUUAUGCCGAGGGUAACAGGUAUUAUGUACAUGUUCCAGGGUGCUGCCGGCCUAAUUGGAACGCCAGUUACUGGUGUUUUGGUCCAACGGUCUCACGGCGGUAAUGCGAGUCCUGAUAAUUAUUUGUACAUGGCGAUUUUUAUUGGCGCCUUGAUGGUUGCGUCAAUGGUAACCGUCCUCUGGGCCCGGAUGGAAGUCAUGGUAGAGUGUUCAAAUGGGCUCAUCACGGUUUAA